CUUAGAGUAAGCAAAGCAUGCAAAUCAUGUCGAAAUCAAAAGACAAAAUGUAAUGGUGAAAAACCAUGCAAUAGAUGUUUGAAACAUAAUCGGGUUUGUGAUUAUAGCGAGAGCUAUAAUCAACCACCAAAUAAGAAGGUUAAGAUAAAAGAAGAAUCGCCACUACACGAAUCAGAAUCGCUAUCCCCAAACGAAAACAAAACAAGUGAAAUCAAACAUGAUAGUAAUUAUAUAAAUCAUUUAGAAAAUCGAAUACAAUAUCUAGAACAUUUAUUAUCAAAUAAUUCUUCAAGUAAGUUCAAAAAUAUUGAAAUUGAAGAACAAGAAGGAUUGAAUGAAUUCCCUAAAUUACCUUCAUUAAAAUGGAGAUUUAGUAAAAGACAUCAAUUCAUGUUACCAAUGCAAUUAAAUAACUCAAUUUAUUCAUCAUUAAGUGAAGAAUCCAAAAGACAAAUAACAUUACCUAGAAUGCAAUAUUUUGGAUGGAAUAUGUCAGGAGUUAACUAUAUAAAAUCUGAAAGAUUACCAGAAUUACCAGAAUUUCAAUUACCGAAACCAAAAACAUAUUAUAUUGAUUAUUUUUUCAAAGAAAUAAAUCCAUUAUUUGCAAUUUUACAUGAACGAAUAGUAAGAGAACAAAUUGAAGUAUAUGAUAAAUUAAAAGUUAGAAAUGAAAAGACGAAUCAAACGAAGCUAUUUACGGCAAUGUUAAGUUUAAUUUAUGUAUUAUCGAUAAGAUUUAUUGAAUUUAAUAAUAGAAAUGGUCCAAACAUAGAAAGUCUAAAAAUUGAAGAAAUAUUAUUUAAUUAUAGUUAUAAAAUUAUAUCCGGUUUAAGUUUUGAGUGGGAGUCAUUUGAAUUAAUUCAAAGCUGGUUAUUAAUAACGUUAUAUUUAAGAGUAAGUCAUCGACAAAUAUCAAGUUAUAAGGCUUUGAAAAGCGCAAUAUCAAUGAGUGAAUCAAUGGGGUUGUUCAUUGAAGAUCGGAGAAUCGUGAAUGUUAGUCCUUAUGAAUUAUUAAAAGCGAAACGAAUUUUUUGGAGUGCUUAUACAUUCGAUCGAUUAUUUGGAUUACAAAAUGGCCGAUAUAGUGGGUUUCAUGAUCAUCAAAUAACCAGGAAAACCCCCCAUUUAGAUGAUAUUGAGAAAGAAUUAACCAGUGAUGAUUGGAUAACUAAACCAGCGUUUUUAAUGUUACAAUUUGCCAUAGUGGCUAAUUUCUUACAUACUUCAAAACACGAUAGUUUGGAUUUCAUCAAAAUGCAACAAGUUAAUACAAAAUUAUAUAAAUUGAAAGAUUGGCUAAAUGAUUAUGGAUUUAGUGAUGAUGAUAUAUUUAAAGAUGGUGAUGAUGAAAUAUCUCCAGUUAUUAAAACCCAAGUUAAACUACAUUUUUAUGACGUGAUUAUUUCAUUUCACGGUCCCAUAUUAUUCAAUUACGUUGGUCGAAGAUUUUAUAAUCCAGGCUUAAAAUUAGAAAUGAUUCUUGAGUCGUGUCAAGGUAUAAUCCAUUUGAUGGAUCAAUUAAAUAAACAUGAAUGUUUUUUCAUUCCUUGGUAUCAAAACAUGCUAUUAAUUUUUAAUGUUGGGAUUAAUUCAAUCACAAUGAUAAAUGGAGGUGUUUUAAUCAAAGAAUCGAAAAAAUUGGUUACUAGUUCAAUUAAUCUAUUAACCAUAUUGAAUCAACUGGCUGUAAUUGAUAAUCAAGGUAAAAUAAUUAAGAAUGAAAGAUUUAAUAUGGCAAAAGAAUGCCUAUGGGCAUUGAAAACUACUAACCAUAUAUUAUCUUUGAAAUUUAAAGAAAUUUUCGAAGAUAUCAAUGAAAUUGGUAUCGACCACGGUUCUUCUGAUGUCAAUAAAGUUACCUUUACCCAAAUCGGUUACUCGAAUGAUUCUGAAAAACAAGAUAAAAUGUUUGAUUUUAUCGAAAAACAAAGAAAAUCAAUUCAAUUAUCGAACGAUAACCCUAUUACUAGUGAUCCAAUGGUGGAUCCCGAACCAAAUGGUAACCCACCAGAUCCUCAAUCAUUUGAACCUAACGAAUCGAAAGUUAGCAAAGAUGUGCCGACAGAUGAUUUCCUAGGAAACUUACAAUGGUUUGACCAAUGGCUUGAUUUUAAC